AUGCUGGCUACUCAGAUUCCUUUCCAUGCCCAACCUACUCUCCCCCGCGACGUGCUGGCCAGGUCGCGGGUUCCCUCGGAGUCGCGUCUUUCGCGUCUGCAGCAGUUCAUCGCCCAGAAGUCUCCCACUCUCGGUGCUCUCACUUCGCGGGUUCCUAAGGGACUCGGAUUGAGCGGCUUUGAGAACCACAUCCAAUACGAUAACUCGGUCAUCAGGACUGGAUACCCCAACGUGGGCAUUUCCCAGCCUGAAUUCCUCGAAGCAUCCAUGCCGCCCACGUACCCCGAGCAGUUCCAAUUCCCGGGAUCAAUCGCGACUGGCGCUCUCCCGCCACAGGCGACGCCAUCUGGCAAGCGCAUUGGCUGGAUACGGUCCCUAGUCCCCGAACGCUUGCGUACGCCCCAAGCUUGUGAGAGAUGCCGCGAGCGCAAGACCAAGUGCACCGGCACUCGCCCCACUUGCAAGCGUUGCCUCAAGAGCGGAGCGGUGUGUGUGUACGUACUCGAUCACAAGAACAACAGGAUCAAGGCCAAGAAGACCAAGCUUCGGGGUGCGGAGGCUUAUGCCUACAGUGUCCCCGAUGCCGUCUAUGGCUACGCCGGAGAGCCUAUGCCGUCGAUGAGCGAGAUUAUGAGUGCCCAGGCUGCAUUACCCUUAGUACACGACGCGUACAACCUGUCUCAGGUCUCUCCGUACUCGUUCCCUCAAGCUGCUGCACCGUCGCUAGAGGUUCAUGGUGCUGCUCUCCCCCAGCCGCCUGCUCCUGCGUACUUCGAUGUGAACCCCUUCGAAGCUGGUUUCUCUCGGUCUUCCUCUGGACCCGCUUUGGGGCAGGCCGGCGCGGGCAGGACACAGUGGUCGCGCCCUGGGUACUCGAGACAUAGUUCUUCGAACAGCUCGUCUAGGUCGAGGCACAACAGCUCUUCCAGGUCGCAGCAGGGUUCGUCGAGACCGCGGUCGACGUGGACCAUGAAGCCUUCGUCGGCGUGGGGAUCCUCGCCGUCUUUCGUGCUGUUGGAGGCGGAGCGGAGCGUAUCGAACGGGUCGAACGGCCCAGUCGAAUGCCUGACCUUCGCUCCCUCCAGUGCCAAUGCUGGACAAAAUGCCGUUGUCGUCUCAGAGACUCAGGCAGUAAGCUCUUUGCAAGUUCCGGAUGCUUCGCGGGAGUUCCUCUCCUCCUCGAGUUCGGUUCAGGGCGCCUCCCCCACGGCGUUCGACGAACUCGAGGCGGAGCGGGCUCUCGCUGAAGAGCUGGAGCGUGAGCUGGCUGCCAUUGGCGUAGACGACGGUGAUCAAGACGCACUUUUCCUCCCGAUACCCUCGAACUUGAGCGCGCUGUCCUCCAAUGGCACAACCUCCGGUAUGGACUUGCUGGCUGUACCGCCAUGGUCCUACGCUUGCGCUCAACCUAACGCCGGCAUGCUCAAUGCUGGGGUGUCCCUCAUCGCACAGCCUCAUGCUGAGAGCAACCCUGACGGCUUCCUUGGGCCAAUCUUCCAGCCUGACCAGGAACUGCCGAUGGAUCGUGACUUCUUCCCCACUGCCCCUUCCUUCACUUCCUCCGAAGCUUCAAUUCCGAGCGAAUCUGCCACUAUUCCUCAGGGGCCUCUUCCGGGCUUCAUGGAAGCGGCGCUCCAGGAAUGCAUGGCCAAAUUUCCUAUGCCCGUAAUUGCCCUCGAUGUCGACUACCUCCACCCUGACGGUUGGAUGCUGCCGGCAGAGGCUCAAACUGACUGUUCCGAAGCCUCGAACACUGGCACAGCUGCAGAAAUUCCACCCUCAAACAGCCUCAAAGCGCUGUGGGUGGAAAUCUUUGGAAGCGAGCCGGAUGCUUGA